AUGCAUCUGCAUUUAUUCUACACGUGUGUGUAUCUGUCUGUGUGUGUGAGUGCCACAUACGGCCUACGAGUGAGCUGGAGGGAUGAGAGACAGAAGAGCCGGACUGUGGCAGCAACAGCUGGAUUUAACACACCUGCAAAUCCAGUGCCUAGCACUCAGUGCCUGGUGAACGGGAUCUUCCUCUUUGAAGGAGCUGUUUGGUCUUCAGAUGCAUGUAACAGGUGUAAGUGUAGAAAUGGUGUGGUUCAGUGCCGUGGAGUGCCUUGCCUGAAUAAAGCUUCACCUGCCUCGAGGCUUCAGGGUGGUCGCCAGAAACCAGCCCAUAGAGUGAAUCUGGAGAAAACAAGUGGACAGAAGAAAGUCCAUCCACUGACUAGAAAGAAGAACGUGUCACAGGGAAAGGUCAUUGUAGAGGUCAAGCCGAAGAAAAUGCCAAGACCAGGGAAAGCUGUAAAUCCUGCACCACCACUGAAGAUCAAACUGCAAGCACCUAAGCUAGGAAUUAGGAAUUUACCGACAGCCACGCCCCCUGAUACGUUCCCAGAUCUGUUUGACUAUGAUGACCAUGAUGAUGACGACUAUCUGGAAGAUGAUAGUGAUGCUGAUGAAGAUGAUGAUUAUGUCCCAGGCUUAACUAAAACUUUUGCUCGCACUAAAAGUCCCUCAGUCAUCAGAACUGCUGCAUCUCUCCCGCGGAAGCCGACCAGAUCUGUACUGCAGAUACAGAGGCCCCGCCCUCCUCCUACAAAGCAACCCAAAGUUUUAGCACCUAGUGUAGGUGUUAGAGCUGGAGCAGGUGUGGUUAGAAGCAGAGGGGGCGGAGCCAGUGUUGUGGGUCAUCCUGUUAUCCGUCCAUCCACAUAUAUGGCGUCCCUUCCAGCGGGAUGUCUGCUGUCUGACGCUCUGAUUGCGUGCGGCAGCACCGGAUUAACCAGCCUGCCUUUCAUCAAAGAUCCCAGCAUCCGGACACUUUACCUGGCAGAUAAUAAGAUCAGUAAGAUCCCAGUGCGAGCGCUGCAUGGCCUGCCCAAUCUGCAGUGGCUUGACCUGAGCAAAAAUCGACUGGAUGACACCUCACUGGGGCUGAAUGUGUUCCGGAAUCUGACCAAAUUGCUUCGUCUGAAUCUGGACGGGAACAAUCUGACCAAAAUCCCCCCGCUGCCGCCAUCAUUGCUGGAGCUGAAGAUCAAUGACAACAAACUGAGCGGACUCACACCUAACAGCUUCAAAGGUCUGUCCCAGCUGCUGACUCUGGAACUGGAGGAUAAUCAUUUCCAUGAUGGGAACGUGUCCCCGCUGGCAUUCCGCCCCCUCAAGAAACUCAUUUACCUCCGACUGGAUGAUAACGACUUCAGAGCCAUUCCCUCUGGCCUGCCUGCAUCGCUGAAGGAGCUGCAUCUUUCAGAUAACCGGAUUGAAGUGGUUCAUGCUGGACUCCUCAAUAAAACAGUGAACCUGCGAAUCCUAAAUCUGAGCCACAAUAAAAUCCGAGAGGACCGAAUCGCACCGAGAGCAUGGAUCCACCUACGUAAGUUGGAGACGUUGGAUCUGUCCCAUAAUAAACUGGUCCACGUCCCGUCCUUCCUCCCGGUCGGUCUUCUCCAACUCACGCUGCACCACAAUCAGAUCGAGAGAAUCCCGGGAUACGUGUUCGCUCACCUGCAGCCGGGCCUCGUCUCAAUCCACCUCUCAUACAACCGCCUGAAGGAGGACGGCAUCAACGAAGUGUCCUUCCUCGGGCUGCGACACUCCCUGAACGAGCUGCUGCUGGAUCACAACCAGCUUCGAGAGAUUCCACGCGGAAUAGUCCAGCUCCGCGCCCUCCUCGUCCUCCGCCUCAACCACAACUACAUCAGCUCAGUACCUCUGAAUGCUCUGUGUGACAUCACCGCCCGUGAUGACUCCCCUCUGAUCUCCGUCCACCUGCAGAACAACCUGAUUGAUCGGCGUUUAGUCCCGCCCACUGCUCUCACCUGUAUUAAAGAGUACAGCAGUGUGAUUCUUCAUCCUCAGAGACACGAACAGGUCUCCGAGUGA